UCUCUCAGUCUGAGUCUGGCGGUUACAAGCUAAGACAUGUUUUCCCGUCUUCGCAAGCGUUUUGGGAGGGGGAAUGUCGAUUCUGGAGAGACUAAAGUGAAGGAGUCUAGCCUUUCGUCUCAAAGUAAUGAUGGACAAAGACAGCACUUCUGGGGAAUGUUGAACGCGGGGAGAGAAACAUCAUCCCCUGGCACUGAACUAAGCGAGAAUCAGGCCAAGACGGAAAAGGAGAGGCUGAUUGAAGAGCUGCAGCUCAUUACCGAGGAGAGAAAUGACCUGAGAGAUCGCCUGAGGUUUCUGACAAAGAGAUCCAUGAAGAACAGGCCACACUUCAGGCCAAAUCCAUAUUAUGAAGACCUGGAGAGAAUGGAGGAGGCGGUCAUGUCAAUUCUGCACAACUUAGAGAUGGAGAACACUGAAAUCCAUGAGAACAACCAUAAGCUGAAGAAGGAGAUUACCUUCUCUAGAAACCUGCUCAGCCAGCUCCUGAUGGAGAACACAUGUAGGAAGAAGUUGGUCCCACUGAAGCAGGAGAGCAAGGAGGUACAUCUUGAUUGUGCACUGAACCAGAAAUAUUUGGUUGACUUCAACAAGAAAGAUAAAGACCAGCAACGUCCAGACCCAGCAUCAUCUGGUCUCAGAAAGUGCAAGAGAGCUGGAAUUGGACACACCCCAGUAAGAGAGCUUCCUGAAGAAUAAGUUGCUUUCUCAGGAGUCCCUGAUGACAAACAUCCUGAAUGAAAACAGCACCUGAGAGACAACUUGGGGGACAGCCUUUCAUUAUGUGUGCAAGAGGAGAAACAGCAAUACAUCUGUGCUUCUAAAUGUUCCUUAAGAAUGUGCUGUUUAGAAAUAUUUUUGUUAUGAUUUUAAUUGAAAUUUUCUUUUUGUUGUUUCAUAUUUAUAUGUUCUUGUUACUGUUUUUAUCUUUUCACAUACUUUUAAAUAUUUUAAUUUAUUUGUUUUAAUCUUGUUUUGUUGUAAAAAUGAAUUCCUUAUGAAUAAAUAUUGAAUUCUA